CAGGGGGGUUCCGCAGAGAGCAGAAACAUAUUGAAACGAACAUAUAUAUGACUAUCCUCACAAAGAGGUCCUGCAUCCCGACUCUCGACAUGCGAAAGGAGAUCUCGUACAAUGACGGCUCCAGCAACCCAAAGAAGAAAGCAGCCCAAGAGAAAACCUUACUCAGAGUUGAUCCGCACAGCACCUUCGUAACGGAAACAAACCCAUGAGUCUCAAUCAACUUUACGACUGGUUCGAAUCCCACAUGGAUGAUGGCGUGCCCUGGGUCAAGAGCAGCAUCCGCCACACUCUCUGUGUGCACCAGGCUUUCACCAAAAGCCAAAGUGGCCGGUCGAAUUGGCGUCUGUCGUCGAACUUGCAACAUAAUGUUCAGUCUAUGAGUCCGCUUCAUAAGUCCGUCACACCAUCUUUUCACACCGAAUCCUCUUCGAAACCAGGCCGGCACGAGACCACCUUCGACGAUCAUUGGCUUGGAGUCCCUCUCGAAAAUAUAAUCGAGCUAGAUGGAACUUCAGCGUUUGUAUCGCAUUCCUCUAUGGCCACUGUAGACGAGCAAUCAGUGGUGGACAACACAGGUAUAGACUUUCAACUGCCCCCCUCAGUGGUCUGCUUCUCGUGCCUGCUGAGUAACGAUUCACAAUGUGACGGCCAGAGCCCUUCUUGCAAUCAAUGCUUGCAGCUUGGCUUGACGUGCGAGGAAGGACGACCCAGUUUUAGCGGCAGACCAAAUGUUCCUCAGGGUUCCUCCUAACGUUGCAAGCCUGGGAAUACAUCGUCGAAUUACCGUUAGUAUAGAACGAAAACUCUUAAAUAGAUAGAUGUUACUACUAGGAAGCGUCGAAAGAGGAUAAUAGCCGAUUAUGCCCUGUCUUUGCUGCUUGUUUUUGGUCAGUGUUAUGAACAAUGUGAUGGAGAGCAAAGGGUUACUUCGAUGCAAGGGAUCCACGAAAGGCGGGGCACGCGUGAUCGCACCAACCAGUCGAGGACCUGUCCUGGUUUGCGAUUGUGCUGCGACG